UCAAAAUCAUAACAACACGGGUGUUCAUGUUUUUCCUGUUUCUACUACCAAAGCCGCAGACAAAAUGCAAACGGUGGCGAGUGUCUUCUGACGGAGGAGGGGCUGCCCUGGGUGUUCCUGUUCACUUCCUGACAGCUGCUCUCUCAAGGGCACUUCUCGGAGCUGAGCUUUCUGAUCCCAUUUUGCUGGAAAAAAAAAAACCAAACAAGCCAUGUCCUUUAUCUAUUCCUACACCGUGGACACUUUCCUCCACCUCCUUCAGUCAAGGUCCUCAAAAGUCCACGAUGCGUCGGCCCCAAAAGGAGAAACAAAGAAUUCACAAGAGCAUGUGGCCUCAGGAGACAGAGAACAUCGCCAUUCCUCCUGCCCAGCAGCUGACAGCGUGCCGGAGGAAGAAGAAUGCGAACAUAUUCUGGAGGAGGACCCUGCAGGAGAGCUGAAUCUCGAUCCUAGACCAGGCAUUUUAGGAGGCCUGUGGGAGGCCCCACGGACCCCGCAGAAACUGCGACUGCUCCUGGUGGGGAAAAGCGGCAGCGGGAAGAGCGCUACAGGGAACAGCAUCCUGGGCAGGAGAGAGUUCCCGUCCCGACUCAGCCCUCAACCGGUGACCCGGGACCUCCAGCGGGGCAGCGGCGCCUGGGCCGGGCGGGAGCUCGAGGUGAUCGACACGCCCGACCUCCUGUCCCCGCAGGCCGGGCCCGAGGCGGCGGCGCGGGCCAUCUGCGAGGCGGUGGCCUUCUCGGCGCCCGGGCCGCACGCGGUGCUGCUGGUGACGCAGCUGGGCCGCUUCACGGAGGAGGACCGGCAGGCGGUGCGGGGCCUGCAGGAGGCCUUCGGGGUGGGCGUCCUGGCGCACACGGUGCUGGUGUUCACGCGCAGGGAGGACCUGGGCGGCGGCUCCCUGGAGGAGUACGUGCGCCGCACGGACAACCCGCACCUGGCCCGGCUGGACGCGGUGUGCGCGCGGCGCCACUGCGCCUUCGACAACGCGGCGGCGGGCGCCGAGCGGGAGGCGCAGCUGCGGGAGCUCCUGGCGGCGGUGGACUGCGUCCUGUGGGAGAACGACGGCCGCCCCUACAGCAACCCGGCCUACCGCUACUCCCAGCAGCGCGGCCUGCCCGCGGGCCCGGGCCCCGAGGGCGCAACCGGCCGGGCCCCGCUGCCGGAGGGACUGUGCCGGCUCCAGAAGGAAUCCCAGGAGGCGCACAGACGCCUGCUGGAGAGGGCGCCCGUUUAAGCGGAGGCGGGACCGCAGCCCCCGGGGCCGGCUGCCUGCCCGUCGCUUGCGCUCUCUCCCCGGGGCGGGGGGGCGGGGGGGGCGCUCCCUGACCAUCCGAGGCUCCUGGGGAGGUGUCCGAGGCGGUCAGGGGCAGGUGCGUCCCAGAGGUCCCCGCUCGCACAUCGGGAGCCUGCAAACGAAGCUGUGGAAGGCCUUAAACGCUGGAGGGAGCAGCCUGCCUGGUUGAGGGGGAAACCUCUCAACACGGAGGUGUCUCUCUGGAGGGCUGCUCCAACGGACGGGGUUCCUAAGAAGCCACCUGGCAUUCAGAAGAGGCCAGGGUGGCGGUCUGGCUCUGGCCAUCUGACUGUGUAGGGAAAUGGAUGCACCUCAGGUACACCUCAGCCUCUUUGAGGUUCUAGGUUCUUCUGGGGAGUCUGACCUUCUGAUGGAAACAGAAUGGGAGCAGCCAGGGGCAAAAUGCCUCCCACUAUGCUCUUCUUUUCCUUUCUUGGAGCGGUGUGACAGAGAGUUUCGAGCUGCCUUCUGGGAGGGGUGGGAAGUAGAGGUCAGGGAGACAGUGCUGGAGGACAAUCAGCAGAGGACACAGCUCCGGGUCUGUCUGGACACUUGCCCUCUGGUUGGAGAUUCUCUACAAUUACAUGCCCAUGGACUAGAGUCUCCAGGUAUAGACCCCGUGACACCCAUCUCCCCCAGACUCAAUGGACUCCUACCAAAGAUGGAGCAUUUCUUCUGCUAGAAGAUUCAGAAAAGUGUCUCAAAACACCACAGAAACUUACCUUGAGUGCAUACUAAGAUAGUCAUUGUGCCAGAGCCAUGUACCAAAUAUGCCCAUUUCCCACUGAGCUGAAUCAGCUUUAUCAUGUAGUAAAUUUUCAUACUCCCUAAGAUCUGUGUCAGGAUUUUCAAUUCUGUUUUUGUUUUCUACUUUUUUUCCGUUGUUAUAAAUAAAAUCUUGAUUUGAUUACA